AUGUCCCCGCCAUUACAGUUGGCGACGUCUUCGGGGGUUCCAUAUACGCCUACGAGCGAUGCCCUGGAUCGUCAUGAGUAUGGAAUCACGAAGAAUAGAAAGAUGACAGCUUCGACGGGUGGGGGGAGAGCUUGGAGCGAGGAUGAGGAAGUCUACCUCCUGCAAACCCGUUUACAGAAGAUGCCAUACAAGCACAUCGCUGCUCAUUUGAAAAAGACGGAGUUGGCAUGUCGUCUUCAUUACCAUCAACUUAGUCAUGGAAGCAACCGCCGCAAGCGAACGACGUCCGUAUCCUCAGGUUCCUCCAGAGGACAUUCACCUAUACUGCCGGCUACUAUUCCGUCGCCCAUUCAGGAAUGUUCUCUCCCUGACAACUCCUCGCCUCUGAGUGCCGUUGGUCAAGAGCCGGAUUCACCUAGUUAUGCAACCUCGGUGCAACUUCCCAGUAUCAUAACGAGUACAACCACUACAUCGCCUCGGCUCCCAGCCAUUCUCCCGAAACCCGUUUCCAUCCCUCUGGCGGGCACAACUCCAACGCCUUCAUGUAACAAUCCGGCCCAUUAUUCGGUUCCAGAUGUUCGGUCGUUGGGACCAUCACCGUUUCCUCAACCUUCUCCGAAUGGCUUGGCACCAGUCCUUCGACUCGAUUGUACCCUACCACCGCCGCCAGCUCAUGUAGACAUCCCUCGUCUUCAAUCAAUAUACUCGGCGCAUCGAUCAUCAUUUUGGAAUGCUAUCGCAUCCGAGUACGGCUCGGGGAUUAGCCCCAUUGUCCUGGAACAAUCAUGGAAGGCGAGCAUGCUGGCUAUGGGUGGUCAAACUCUUAUUACGCCGGUCACGAGUCCCAACGAGCGCGAGGGCAUUUAUGAAAAGAAUGACAAGACCCGUAUCAGUGCCAUCCUUGGCAUUGAUGCCAAUCCGCGGAGCCCGAAGGAACGAGAAUUAGUUCGGCGACUAGAAGAGGAAAGAAGCGUCGGUGUGGUGGCUGGUGCUUAG